AUGGCGGAGGAUAACCCGGAACUCCAAGCUGCGCUGCGGGAGCUCGACAUAGAACUGCAGGAUGGCGAUAUUACUGAGAAAGGGUACCAGAAGCGCCGCACACUCCUUCUAUCGCAAUAUCUGUCACAGCCUGCUGCCAGUCAGCCGGAAAAACCACCCCUGCACAGACCGCUGAGCUUCGAGCAGAUACCGCGUGGCGGUUCUGAGUCUAUCAAUGUCUCGUCCGGGGAACACCUGGCUAAUCCUGAAGCUCAAGUCCCUCGCCCUCUAAACGUUUCUCCGCCGAACGUCCGGCGCCAGUCAGAAAACCAUUUGCCCGCAAAUCUUGUUGGUCUGGAUGGUGAACGUACAGUGGGGGGAGAGCCUAAUUAUGGCCACUAUCAAGGUAACCAGUUGUCUAGAAUUCAAGAGCAAGAACUUGGCUUCUCUCUUGCACCUCCAGCGACGCUUGCAGCUCCUGCCGGGCCUACCGGACCCCGAAAACAUUCUGUGGGUUCUUACGACUCUCUAUUCCUACCCAAGGGCCCCAUGGAUAGCUAUGAGGCUUCUCGUACCGGAACACUGGUGAGCCAGAACUAUGCAUUUAACCCGAAUCAGCAGCCGGAGAUCGAGCCACCGACAAGACACUCCACGAUCGAUUCGCAACAAGGUUACUUCUCCGAUUUUGCCGGCCACCAGCAGGAGCCCAGACGAGACAGCUAUGGACAGAGCUUCCAGCGGUAUUCCCAAAUGGAGCCCUUUUCUCCCACCGCAAACAUGCCUCCCGCACCAAUGCCAAUGUCAAGCAUGCCCGGUGGAGCAGCUGUCAACCAUCUCCUCCCGCUAGAGCCUCGAGAUAUUCCCUUUGACGUUCAAGAUCCUCAUAACCCCAACAUACCAAUGUCGAGCUUCGAUAACAUCCCAACUGUUCUCCGACAUCGUGCACGCACACUACCAAAACAGCCAGCGUAUUGGGUUCUUGAUCAACGCGGGAAGGAAAUUGCCUCGAUUACUUGGGAGAAAUUGGGUAGUCGAGCAGAGAAGGUUGCGCAAGUUAUACGUGACAAAAGCAAUUUAUACAGGGGUGACAGGGUUGCCCUAGUGUACAGGGAUAGUGAGCUUAUCGAGUUCACUGUAGCUCUGAUGGGCUGCUUUAUUGCGGGAGUAGUUGCUGUCCCUAUCAAUAAUCUAGAGGACUACGCUAGUCUAAACGUCAUUCUCACUUCGACGCAAGCCCAUCUCGCCCUCACGACGGAGAACAACUUGAAAACCUUCCAGAGAGAUAUUACCACCCAAAAGUUAAAUUGGCCAAGGGGAGUGGAAUGGUGGAAAACAAAUGAAUUCGGAAGCUAUCAUCCAAAGAAGAAGGACGACAUUCCUGCUCUUGUCGUACCGGACCUGGCGUACAUUGAGUUUUCCCGUGCCCCUACUGGCGACCUACGAGGUGUCGUCUUAAGCCAUCGGACAAUCAUGCACCAGAUGGCCUCAUUUAGCGCCGUGAUUGCUUCAGUACCACCCUCCCCGGAUCGCCCAAAGUCCCCCGCGGAGAUUUUGAUGACUUAUCUCGAUGCUAGACAGGGUAUCGGCAUGAUUUUGGGGGUUCUUCUCACCGUGUAUGGAGGCCACACCACCGUAUGGAUGGAAUCCCAUGCUGUUGAAACCCCUGGUUUGUACGCCAGUUUGAUUACCAAAUUUAGAGCUACCAUUUUGGCUGCAGAUUAUACCGGGCUGAAACGAGCCGUCUAUAAUUACCAGCAAGACCCAAUGACGACGAGAAAUUUUAAGAAGAACGUUGAACCAAACUUUUCCAGCUUGAAACUUUGUCUUAUAGAUGCAUUGUCGGUUGAUUGUGAAUUUCAUGAAAUCUUGGCCGAUAGAUGGCUGCGCCCUUUACGAAACCCUAGAGCUCGAGAGUUGGUUGCCGCUAUGUUGUGUCUGCCGGAGCAUGGAGGGAUGGUAAUCUCCAUCCGAGACUGGUUAGGAGGUGAAGAGCGUAUGGGCUGCCCUUUGACACACGAAAUGCAUCCUGUGGAAGAAGACAAGGAUAACAAGACGGAGGAGAAGGAAAAAUGUGACGAGCCAAAGCCAGCUUUUGGAAGCAGCUUGAUUGGUGGUGCAGCACCUACCACGUCACCGAAAACGGAGUCUCCCAGAAACGAGCUCAGCGAGGCAUUGCUGGACAAGGAGGCCUUGAAAAAUAAUGACGUCGUCGUUCUCGCACUGGGCGAGGAAGCUAGGAAGCUCGCCGACAGCACUCCAAAUUCCGUUAGAGUUGGCGCAUUUGGAUACCCCCUUGCUGAUGCUACUCUUGCCAUUGUUGACCCUGAAACUGGAUUACUUUGCACACCCAAUCUUAUCGGAGAGAUAUGGGUUGACUCCCCUUCUUUAUCUGGCGGAUUCUGGGCGCUGCCAAAGCAUACUGAAACUAUUUUCCAUGCUCGCCCAUUCAGAUUCCAAGAAGGCAGCCCCACGCCAGUAAUCGUAGAGCCGGAAUUCUUACGAACUGGUCUGCUCGGGUGCAUUAUUGAAGGACAAGUUUUUGUUCUUGGUUUAUACGAGGAUAGACUACGCCAAAAGGUAGAAUGGGUUGAACAUGGUGUUGAAAACACCGAGCAUCGUUAUUUCUUUGUCCAACAUCUAAUUCUCAGCAUCAUGAAAAACGUCCCCAAAAUCCAUGACUGUUCUGCAUUUGAUGUUUUUGUUAAUGACGAACACUUGCCUGUUAUCCUUCUAGAGUCAUACGCGGCCUCGACUGCCCCAACAACAUCCGGCGGCCCGCCGCGUGUGCUUGAUACCCUGCUACUAGACUCACUUGCUGAGCGGUGCAUUGAAGUUCUGUACCAGGAGCACCACUUGCGAGUUUAUUGUAUCAUGAUAACUGCACCUAAUACCCUCCCUCGAUCAGUUAGAAAUGGCCGUCAGGAGAUUGGAAACAUGUUGUGCCGCAGAGAGUUUGAUAACGGUACCCUGCCCUGUGUCCACGUCAAAUUCGGCGUCGAAAGGGCAGUGCUUAAUCUACCCAUCGGCACAGACCCCGCGGGAGGAAUUUGGUCACCGUCCGCAUCUGCUGUACGUCAGGAUGCUCUGGCAAUGCAAGAGAAGCAAUACUCAGGCGUUGAUAUAAGAGACGUCAUAAUGGACGACCGGACAUCAACCCCCUUGAACAACUUCCCGAGCAUCGUCGAUCUACUUCAAUGGCGAGUUAGCAGACAAGGGGAGGAGCUCUGUUAUUGUUCUAUCGAUGGCCGUGGGCGUGAAGGUAAAGCCAUUACCUGGAAGAAAUUUGACACCAAGAUUGCGGCGGUAGCAGCAUAUCUGAAAAAUAAAGUCAAGCUCCGACAGGGAGACCAUGUGAUAUUGAUGUAUACGCACUCCGAAGAUUUUGUCUUUUCCGUUCACGCCUGUCUCUGUCUUGGCCUGGUAAUCAUACCCAUGGCGCCUAUUGACCAAAAUCGAUUGUCAGAAGAUGCCCCGGCACUGUUGCAUAUAAUAUCGGACUUCCAUGUAAAGGCGAUACUCGUGAACAGUGACGUUAAUGACCUAUUGAAACAAAAGGUUGUUGCCCAACAUAUAAAACAGUCAGCUCAUGUUCUUCGAGUCAACGUUCCUCAAACAUAUAACACCGCGAAACCUCCCAAACAAUCUCACGGAUGCCGACACUUGGGGUUCACUCUAAGCGAAGCCGUUAUAAAGUCACAUUUGCCAGCGAUAGUGUGGACAUAUUGGACGCCUGACCAGAGGAGGUUAUCUGUACAUAUUGGCCAUGACACCAUCAUGGGAAUGUGCAAAGUCCAAAAGGAGACUUGCCAGAUGUCUAGUUCCCGUCCAGUUCUAGGAAGUAUUCGAAGCACGAUGGGGCUUGGUUUUAUUCAUACCUGCUUAAUGGGAACCUAUGUCGGGGCUGCCACCUACCUCGUAUCCCCAGUUGAUUUUGCCGCCAAUCCACUGUCUCUUUUUCAUACUUUGGCUAGAUACAAUAUUAAGGAUACAUAUGCCACAGGCCAAAUGUUGGAUUAUGCUAUGAGUAGCAUGACCCCGAAGGGAUUCCAACUGCAUGAACUAAAGAACCUAAUGGUGGCAACAGACUCACGGCCAAAGGUGGAUGUUUACCAAAAAGUUCGACUUCAUUUUGCCGCCGUUGGUCUCGAUCGAACUGCGAUUAAUACCAUUUAUUCACAUGUCCUUAACCCGAUGAUUGCUUCAAGGUCGUACAUGUGCAUAGAACCGAUUGAGCUAUGGCUUGAUACACUUUAUCUCCGACAAGGAUAUGUAUAUCCCGUUGACCCUGAGACUACAACCAACAGUCUGCUCGUCCAAGAUUCGGGUAUGGUUCCCGUGAGCACCCAGAUUGCCAUUGUGAACCCCGAAACCUGCUGCUUGUCUCAUGUGGGAGAGUAUGGCGAGAUUUGGGUCCAAUCCGAGGCGUGCGCAAAAGCCUUCUAUGGAUCUAUGCAGGAGUUCGACCUAGAGCGGUUCCGAGGGCGGAUAGUUGAUGGAGACCCAAACGCCGUCUAUGUUCGUACCGGAGAUUUAGGCUUCUUGCACACUGUGACGAGGCCGAUCGGGCCAGGUGGGCAACCGGUAGAAAUGCAGGUCCUAUUCGUCCUUGGUGGUAUUGGAGAAACGUUCGAGAUCAAUGGCCUUAAUCACUUCCCCGUCGAUAUCGAACUUACUAUUGAAAAUUGUCAUAGAAACAUAGUCAAGGGCGGAAGCGUGCUAAACGAGCACCAAGUGGUAACGGACAUUGUGGCAUUUGUUCCUCGCGGCCAUUUCCCACGAUCUCGCCUUGGUGAAAAACAACGUGGAAAGAUUUUGGCUACAUGGGUAACGCAGAAACUUAGAACGAUUGCCCAAUUUAACAUCCGUGAUGGAGGCAGCCAUGAAAUCAAGGCCGGCGAAGCACCAGAACGACGGCAGUCAUCUAAAGCCGGCAGCGUCAUGGACUCUAGCAUCCUCCAGCACCAAGCCCCACUUCCAUGCCCUGAAGCUGAAGAUCACAGUCAUAUGCAACAACCGCCCGUUGCUGGACCUGUAGAACAUGCUGAACAGUACCCGCUCUCUUCCGAAGGUAUUGUGGAUUAUAAUGAUCCAUCUUAUAGGGGCGCAGAGAAUGUUGAGCAGUACCAGGAGCCCGGUAUGGUAAGCCAUGAUAUGCUGCAAGAUCAGAUCCCGCACACUGAAGAGCACACGCUACCUAUCAAAGAAGGCGGAGAAGGGGCUAUCUCACUAGCUGGUAAUCCAGAUAUACAACGAGUCCAAAGCCCCGAACGUUACGCUAGCAGUGGUAGUAGCAUCAAUAGAACUGCUUCGCCAGCCGUUGCCUCUAUUCCCGGUGAAAUUUCUCGCCACGACAGUGCUUCUCCUCGUGGCGGCCUACGCGUUCACAAUGGAGACGAAUCAAUUCCGGGCCCGAAUCCAUCAGUCCCUUCUUUCGGAAUUUUCGAUCAAGCACAACUACUGCCCCCAGUGAAAAGGAAAGAAACACCCACUACGUACUCGUUACCGGUGAGGAACAGUAGUAUUCAAAAAGAUACCUUCAAUAGCCCUCCUGCUGCCACCAGCCACGGGAAUGGGACCACUUAUGACAACACGCAAUACUUUCACGACGCUUAUGAUAACAUCGACGAUUGGACGGAGGAUACCGGUGCUUCUAACACUCAGCGCCAAUAA